UGCUACAGAAGCCCACGGGCUCCAUUUUUCCCUUCAUGGAAUUUCGCGCGUCUGCUGCUUUAGCUUUUCCACACAACCGCGGUAAUCUAAUGGAAUAAUUCUCUUCACUUCCCCUCAUAGUUUGAUUUUUGGAAUACUACGCUUCAUCCCGCGGAAAUGAACGUCCUUUAAUUUAUUUUAUCUAUGAGGAGGCUGGUACUGGAGAUUUGGCGUCAGGCGUGUAGCGUCACGGGCGGUGUGUCAUUCCACACAGAUCGCGUGUUGAUCACGAAGCCGCUUGAUUCCGAGCUUCGCUAUCUGCGAGACGUGGCAGAUAUUAUCAUUUAAAGGUUUCUUUAUUUUUUCAAAAGGAUACAAAUGUAACCAUUUUUGUCUGGUAUAACGGAUAGUGUUCUGGAAGCAGGAUGUCCUUCUACGCCAUCAUUAUACCGGUCCUCUAUAUUAUUUUCUCUGCUUGGCAGGUGAGUGCAAAUGAGGACUGUUUGUGGUAUGUGGACAAAAAUGGCACCUGGCACAAUGGCUUUGACUGCCCACUCAUAACCUUCUGCUGUGGGAACUGUCACCGCCGUUACUGCUGCCUGGAUGGCUUCAAGAUGAUCACAGAGGCGGGACAGAAGCGCUGCAUGCUGUUCCAUCUCAGCCCCUCCACUAUAGCUGGCAUUGCUUCAUCGAUCCUGCUCUUUGUGGCUGCUAUAGCAACCAUGGUCUGUUGCUUCAUGUGUUCCUGUUGUUACCUUUACCAGCGCCGGCUGCAACGUGGCAGAACUCCUUAUGAAGCCCAGCACAUUCCAAUGGCCAGCUAUCCUGUGGAGCAUAUGUAUGAUGCUUAUGGUAAACCCAUUGGACAUCCUGAUUAUCCUGGAUUUCCAAUGGUGCCGCAGUAUCCGGGUGUCCCUCACCAAUAUCCUAUGAUGCCCCAGGGUCCUUAUCCUCCUAAUCCUCCUGAUGCAGGAUACAGUCAAGCAGCUCCUCCGCCAUACUCCCCUCCCCAAUACCCAGGGCACUGAAAGAGCUGGAGUCCCUCAGUGAGAAGAAGAUAACCCUUACAAUGGGUGAUGAAGAGGGGCCAUGCUUGCUUGGAAUCCCUUGUAUGAGAAGCGGUUUUAAAAAAAAUGAUUUAUGUUAUUUAUUUCUCAAUUAGUUUGUGGAGUGAAGCAUGAACUGACUUUGGAAUCGCCUCAUGCGUCGGAGUGUUUUCUUGUUUGAUGUACAGCUUUCACGUUUCACUAAUCAGCAAGACUCUUCCCACUUAAAUCCAGCAACUCACAGACCUAAAGACUGCUUUAAAUUUGUCAUUAUAUUUUGUUCAAACUCUCUAAAAUGGACCAUUAAAUAUGGCUGUCCUGCAGAAGAGACUGGCUGACAGUUCUGUCUUAUCCAGGAUAUCAUUCUCUAUUCAGCCAAAUAAGAAGCAGCGUGUGACAUUUGCACUUUAUUCUGCAAUAGACAUGCUUAGCUGUCUCUCCCUGCUUGUUUGUUCAAAAUGUAUUUAUUUUACCGCUAAUCUGAGCAUGUCAUGUGCAUCAUUGACACCAAAUCAUGCAGUACGCUUUUCAUGUCUUAUAGACAGUUAACAUGCGGACAUGAGACAUAGAUGUCUUAUAGACAGUUAACAUGCAGUAUGUAAAUAAGAAAGAACUUACAUUAAGAAAGAAUUUCAUGUUUCAUAGCAUCCUCACCAGCAACCAAAACUAAAUUCUGUGCAUUUGCAGUUCAUUAUCUGUUGUUAGAUCUGGCUUGAGGUUGAGCUGUAAUGUUAACAGCCCUUAGAAUUGCAUGUCUUUUAUUGUAUCUCUUGCUUCCUAGGCCAGCUGUCAAGGAAAUCACAGCAAUAUUUGCAUUUAGAUGGAUGUCCUUUUUUAUUUGUUUCAAAAAGGUUUUUGAUCUUUAAAACAUUUCACAUUAAUUUAAGUUGUUUUGUUACAUCCUCACAGCGAGGUAAAUUUAAGUCCCUUUAGGCAAGUCCGUUCACUCGGCCAUUUUCGUAAUGCCAUCAUGCAGCUAUUUCCAGCCAUAUACAGCUCCUCUUUACUUGAAUGGGGAAAUACUAAAAGUAAAGUUCACGCCAAAAAUAAAUAAAAAAAUUUCACACCCUUUCCCAUUGGCUCUUUUAACUGUAAAGUUGUGGUCAAAUUUACCGUUGUUCUGUGAAUUUUCGCAUGAGAAAUCAAGUCAUUUAAUGGGAAUCCACACGAUUAUGAAUUUUGCGUUCACGUCGUGCCACAUUGAUCAACAGUCAAUGUUUGAAAGUGACUUUUGUUUGAGCUGUGCUUCAUACACAGCAAAAUCACCAUAGUUAAAUCAACUCUGCUCGGAGUACAUAUGGUCCCUCUCUAAAUAGUGUUAAAGUAACACUGAAGCAGAGUUAACGAGUUAAUUAAGUGAUGAUUGAGCGUUAGUGAUGAACACCUGCUGUUAACAAGCAGAAUCACUGAAGAAAAGAGAAACACAAGAACUACAACUGACUUCAGCCACAGUCUUAGAUGAAAUCAACUGAAGAUAAAAUACAUUAUGUCUCUCAAGAUCUCAGCAGAGGAGGAUUGUCUUUUCUUCAGUGAUUCUGCUUUUUAACAGCAGGUGUUCAUCACUAAUGCUCAUUCAUCACUUAAAUAAUUGCUUAAUCAUCUCAUUAACUUUAACUCUGUUUCAGUGUUACUUUAACACUAUUUAGAGAGGGACCAUAUGUACUCGAGCAGAGUUGAUUUAACUCUAGAGAUGCUGUGUACUUCGCUACAUUAUUAACAAUAGAUAAUGGAACUUUUUUGCAUGUGAAAUUUCAUUAAUGGAACUGCACCUUAAGGACGGACUUCCGUUGCAGCCAUAUUGAGUGAUUUUCCCCAUUUAUAUAAGCACGAGUGGACGUCUCUGCCUUAAUUACUUCAUCGUAAGUUACAGUUUUCAAGGGUAGAUUAGAAUGUAAAUGAAAAGAAUUAUACAUCUCAUUAAAAUAAUCAGUUGUCAAUUGUCAGGUACAUUAGAGAUGCAAUUUGUUUUGAUUUUAAAUGAUUUCUGCUACCUCCUCAUCUCACAUCUGUUAAAUUCAUUUUGAUGCUUUGUCCACUGUUUAAAUAACGUGUUAGUUAUUUGAAAUAAUGUAUAUUUAACAGUGUUGUUUUUGCUAUAUACAGCAUAUGCUACUGUAUUUGUCACUCUGGAAUGUGAAGUACAAAUAAGAAAAGGAACUAUAAAAAUUUUUACAAUGUGUAAUAUUAACAGGUACUAUUUGAAACUGGGGGGGGGGGGGGAAUUAAUAGGCAACUAGUGUUUGAACUUGCACUAAUCAUCCUAUAAGAGAAGUCUAAUUGAACAGACUGGACAAGGAGUAUUGCAUAAUUCUUUUUUUUUUUUUACAAUAAAAACAGACUUGACAUUGCUGUCUCCAUUAAUUCUGUACCUGAAAUCAAUAGGUAACCAUAUCAACAGAUCAAAAGCUUUCGUAAAGAUUGGACAGUGCAUCGACAAAAAUAAACUGGGCUAUUGUCAUAAUUUA